CGGGAGUCAAGAGGCUACUAUCCGAAUCAGUUACUGCACCGUCAUAGAAAUGCAGUGUGAGCCGCAUCGACUCUCUCUCUCUUCCACCGUCCAACCAUUGGUUGGACUGCGAAGAUGAAUCUUUCGCAGGUAUUUGCCCUAGGUUCCUUUAUUGAAAUUUGCCCGCCCUCUCUCCCUCCCAACUCCCAGCUCCUUUGAAUGCCUGUUUGGUCCCUCUCUCUCUCUCUCUCUCUUCUUUCUAAUGGAGACAAUCUGCUCUUUGGACAUCCAGUAUUCUAAAGCAAUUUCAACCCUCCUGGCAUCUCCCUCUCCCCAAGCUCUUCAGGGGUAUUUUGAUCAACUCUUGGCGAAAAGGCAGUGUAGUGGAAUCAAAAUAAGGCAGUCCAAUGAUGUAGGAAAAGGUGUGUAUGCAGAGGCUAAUUACAUGGAGGGGGAUUUGGUUUUGAAGGAUCAAAUGCUAGUUGGUACUCAACAUGUCUCCAAUAAGGUUGAUGCUCUUGUCUGUAGCUAUUGUUUUCGUUACAUUGGCUCAAUAGAACUCCAGAUUGGAAGGAAGCUUUAUCUUCAAGGUCUAGGGAAAGGUGAAGGUGAGGAAUUUGAGCUUGGGACAUCUAAACACAUUCAGAAAGAGGGUUGUCUUGCUGAAUCUUUGCACUUAAGGGAGAAUCAUUCUGUUAUGGCUGGCCACAGUGAUUCAGAUUCAGCUUCUUCUAGUAAAUCAGAAGAUAAUGCGUACCUCCCCCUCCCUAAAGAAGUUAUUGAGUCUUUAAUCAAUGGUGAAUUGGUUUUACCUUACUCAAAGGAAUUUGUUUUGCCUUCGGUCAUUUCUUGUGUUGGUGGCUGUGCAGAAGAACAUUAUUGCAGUAAAUCAUGUGCCGAGGCAGAUUGGGAAUCAUGCCAUUCCUUACUUUGUAUGGGGGAGCGCUCAGGUUGCCGUAAUAUGGAGGCAUUGGCUAGGUUUACAGAACAUGCUAAUGGAACAAAUGAUAUUUUUCAUCUCGCUGCCAAGGUAAUUUCAUCUACCAUUUUGAAGUGUGAGAAGUUCAAAGCAGCUCAGUUCAAAGAUAAUGAACCAUAUUUUGGGCCAAAUGCAUUGGGCACCAAUUUACUUUUGGAAGCUUGGAGACCUUUUUCGAUGGGAUAUAAGAGAAGGUGGUGGGAUUGUGUUGCUUUGCCCAAUGAUAUUGAUUGCAACCAGGAAGCCUCAUUUAGAAUGCAAAUGCGGGAGUUAGCGUUCACGUCUCUGCAACUUCUGAAGGACUCAAUAUUUUGUGAGGAUUAUGCGCCUUUAUUUUCCCUUGAAAUCUAUGGGAACAUUAUUGGCAUGUUUGAGCUCAACAAUCUGCACAGGUUUCUUCCCAUUACAAAGUUGUAUGAAUCAUUCUUGCAGCCCGAAUGCCAAGGCUUUCAAAAGAGACGAGGUACAAUCCGUCACCAUGAUAAUGGGGCUUUAUUGCUUGAUGCGUGGUACUCACACGGCAGGCUGAUGUGGCCUCGGGCUGGGGUGGGGGACUCCUCCUGCAAAGAGUAUCUCGUAGCUUACUGGCUUGAAUGGCAUGACAAAACUGAGAGUUGGAUGAUAAUGAACCUAGACUGUUGGGAUUCGUCAGAUUGGGACUUUAGAUGCAAUGCCACCUACUUGGAUGGAUGAAGUACAAGGUCUGGAUACAAGCUUUGUCUCAUAUAUUUCAUAGUGUGAAAGAUUUCAUCAACAUGGUCAUGCCACCUACUUGGAUGGAUGAAGUACAAGGUCUGGAAACAAGCUUUGUGUCAUAUAUCUCAUAGUGUGAAAGAACAUCCACAUGGUCUAAAUUCUGUCAUCAUAAUCAUCAGAGCCUUUUUCUUACUAUUUUGGGUUGGCUACACGAAUCCUGAGCUACCAUUCUGCUCUAUCAAGUGCUAUACCCAAAACAUGGUCCAAGUUCCAAUGUCUUAAAAAAUGGUUUGCUGGAAUAGCUGAGUUAGUUGUGCUUAUGUCAGAAACCCAAAAUAUUUAAAAAAUAUGUUUUGAAUACGGAAGGGUAUCUUCAUAAA